CUCGAGCGUUCGGUAGCAUGGCGGUGGCACCAGGCCAUGCCUUCGGGCAGUCUGCGACGGUCUGGGCCAGCUCCCAGGCGAUUGCUGGCGCACCCGUGGCCUGCCAUCGCCGCCGCCCGCCUGCGCCACGCGCUCGGCGCGAUGACGGCGGGCGGCAGCAGCGCGGCUGAUGCGGCGCCCGAGCCGCCGUAUGCUUGCGUGCCCAUCACCCCGCACUUCGGGGCCUACGUCUACGGCUUCCGACUGGAGGGCGAUGAGCCGCUGCCCCCUGACGUGGUCGAGAAGAUCAAGGUCGACAUGAGGCAGCAUCGGGUGCUGGUGUUCAGGGGCCAGGGGCAGGUGAGCGGAAAGCGGCAGGUUGAGAUCUCCAGGCAGUUAGGCACGGUGGAGAGCACGUUCUACAAACAUCCGAAGAGCCCCCACCCCGACAUCUUUCGCGUGUCCAACGAUGAGACCGAGGGUUGCACCAACGUGGGGCGCACUGGCUGGCACAUCGACGGCACGUUCCAGUCUAUGCCGUUCAAGUACCAGACCAUGCAUUUCCACUCCGUGUGCGAAGGAGGGGAGAUACACACCGCUUCGCGGGGAGCACGGCCAGGCAAACCCUAUCUCCCGGGACACGUGGGGCGGCGCUGCUGGAGCUUGCCACCCGCGUCGCGCGGGGGUAAUUGUCCUCCGCCAUUUCCAGGGGUCCAGUAUUUCAGAUGGAAUAUGUUAACCAUUAUCCUGGGGUUAUAACAUAAUCAACCACGGUCGACGAGGAUUUCACGACUACCCUCGGUAAACAUACUCAGUAUUGGCCAUGUCCGACACUGGCCCCCCGCUGACCUGCAGAUUGAGGUUGCUGGCUUUCCCAUCGCCGGGGUGCACUUGACCGAAUGUUGCCCUGGUUGGUUGUCUCAGUGGCGUCGCAAAGGGCCUCUGAUGCUCCUCCUCGCCCUCUUUCUCCUCGACCUCGCCCUCGCCGUCGGGCUUGCCGCCCCCUCCUCAUUACCCAUGCCCCUUGUCCUAAUUCCCUCAUCCUCCUCUUCCUCCUGCGCUUCCCUCCCCUUUUCUUCUGGC